AGGUGCUCAGAGUCAGAAGAUUCCUGCAGUGCAAUACUGAAGUACUGUAACACUUUCCUGUUUGCUAAGCUGAGCUUUUCAGCUGCCUGCCUACCUGUCGCACCCAUCAGGGACCCAUCUGACCUCAAAGCAUCAUGCUCACCAGGAAAGUUAUUCUUCUGUUCUCUCUGUGUGUCCUGCUUGUAAAGGGAGACUUUGACACCAAUGAUGUGGGAAGUCAAGCCAUAUCCACAGAUAAAGAUUCAUUGUCUGAUGAAGCUCCUACAGAGAGCAUGAACGUUGUCUCUCCUGACCAACCUGAUGAAUCACAGUAUUACGCAGGAGGACCAUCAGACACCAGCAGUACCAGUUCAGAGACGGCAGACACUCCAGCAGUAGAUCAAGUAUCAGCUCAUGAGCCUGUUGCAGCCUCCCCAAGCAGUGCAGAGGAAGAGGAUGAAGAGAAAGGUAAUGAUUCAGAAGAAGGAGGAAAGAAAAAGUUCAGCUCUCGUUCAGCUAAACCUCAAAGCCCCGCCCACACCAACCAGAGCCCCGCCCACAUCAUUCAGAUCCCCGCCCUCCCACCUCAGCCAGUCGCCCCCCAGCCGAAAACUUUGCCCAGGACUCGUUCGUCUAAGAGACGAUCCAGGACCAACCGCCGACAGAUAUAAUAACCUGCAUAAAACAACCCUCAAACAUGUAAUCUGUCCCCCACAGAUUCACUCAGUAACUACUCUGUACUGUUUUGAUCACUGAAUAUUGAAGAGGAAACUCUUCAGUGCUUGGGUUCAUGUCCACCUUUAGACUCAAAAGUUAAAAACUAUCAUUAUGCAGACUCCCAGGACAGUUUGAUCGGUCAGACGACCUCAGUCUGAUGUUUGUGGAACAAACAUGGGUUUCAAACACAGCUGUGAAACAUGAACUAUAUAUAAAUACAUACACACUCCUUGGCCCCAGAUAUAUAUAUUUUACCUUCUUUGUAACGACUUCAGCUUCUGGACUCCAGCAGACCUCAGAGUAUUAAACUCUUUUCAGUUUAUUGAUUUAUUAUUGUUAUUAUUAUUAUUAUGCUUAUACACAUUUGUUAAACAUUUAAAAAACAUGCCACUUUUUUCCUUUGUUCCUUUUAUCAUAUUUUAAUUAAGUCAAACAAAAUCCCUCUUCCUAUCAGAAACAGAUCAUUAUGUGCUGUAAAAUGAAAAACAUUGAAAAAUGAGCUGUAAUAAAAAUCUGAUAUGUGUA